AAAAAAAAAAAAAAAAAAAAAAAAAAAAAGCAUGCAAACCAAACCUCUCUCUCUCUCCAACUAUCUUCAAUGUCAACAACACCUAAAAUUAUCAUACUUUUCAAAAUUUAUCUACACAUUGGGCCGCCGGAAUUAUACAAGAUGGGAGAAAAGGGAUUCCCAAUACUCUCAUCAAUUUUAAGCAUUAUUGUUGUUACAAAUUCAAUUUUAUAACCAUUUUUAUUUAUCUUUAAUAAACAUCAAAAAAUUGGUAAAAGAUUGAUAAAUUGUGAGGGAAAAAAAAAAGAGAGAGAGAGAAUAUGGAUGUUACACGAAAAGUAUUAUGUGGGAAUGACUUAUUUAACCCAGUAAUAGCGAUGGGUCUGCAGGCAUCUCUACUUCUUUCUGUUUCUCACCUUCUACAAAUUGGUGUUAAGUCUAUUGGCAUUCCAACGCCUAUUCCUCAAAUUACUGCUGGGUUGUUGGUUAAUCAAUCACUUUUGGCUAAGAUAAAGCCGUUUGAAAAAUACCUCCUCCGCUCGAACUCAGUUGACUACUAUAAUGUGCUGGCGUUUUUUGGUAGAACGUGUGUUGUAUUUUUGAUUGGUCUUGAGCUAGAUAUAUCUUAUAUGAAGCGUCACCUACGUGCUGCGAGUAUUGUUACAUUUGCAGCUGCAUUACCAUGUAUUCUCAUUGCUGGAGCUAUCUCAUACUUGAUGUUUCAGUAUUUUAUGAAGAAACAUGAAAGUUUUCCAUCGUUUAUGUUUCUUUUCAUGUUGGCAGUAGCUAACUCAGCCUCUCCUCUUGUUAUCCGCUUUAUAGCCGAAUUAAAGCUAGGAACUUCUGACUUUGGACGUUUAUCUGUAUGUGCUUCAUUGGUUAAUGAUAUCACAUGUAUAUUAUGUGGGGGUCUAGUUAUGAAGACUGUUGAAGACGGUCGUGGAUUUAAGUGGGGAGAAUGGAUUUGGUCUUUGCUUUUCACAGCCAUUGUUAGCUUCGUAGUGAGACAUAUAGCCAUUCUGCUUAACAAGCUAAGUCCUGAUAGUCAGUAUCUAAAAAAUACCCAAAUUGCUCCUUUGUUUCUUUUAGUCCUUCUUAGUUCAAGUGUUGUAGAUAGAUGGGGAUCUGCUAAUAGCUUGUUAGCUGCAUUAGUUCUUGGAAUGACUUUCCCUCGCAAAGGAAAAACUGCUCGAACAAUGAGCCACAAGCUAUCUUAUACUGUGUAUACCUUUGUGCUCCCUAUUUACUUUGGCUACACUGGUUUUCAAGCUAACUUAGAAGAUGCUGCUAUCCCUAAGAAUUUGAUAGGCAUUGUGGUGGUUUUAUUGUUAAGCAUUGGUGGCAAGAUUUCGGGCACUCUUAUUGCUUGUCAUCGGUUGAAGAUUCCAUUGAAAGAAGGGAUUGUUCUUGGUUUGUUACUUAAUCUUAAAGGUCACUUUGACGUCAUUAUCUUAGGCGCUAUCAAAUUGAAAUCGGAUUGGAAUAAUAGCUUCGUUGAGGUAAUGAUAAUAACAAUAGUCUUGAAUACGCUGAUUUCAGGAAUCGCCAUUACUUUUAUUGUUUUGAAGGAUAGCCAUACCUUCACUUAUAGGGCAGGACCCCUUGAGCAACAAAAUCCAGAAACAGAGCUACGGGUGCUGGCAUGUGUUCAUGGUCCUCGUAAUGUUUCAACUAUGGUCAAAGUUAUCAGAUGGUUAAAUUGGUUCAAAGAUUUACCGUUAUGUGCUUACCUUAUGCACUUGGUUGAGCUUCUUCCAAAGAAGAGAACAAGUAAGAUGUAUCACCAGUUAGAGGAUGAUGAACUAAGUGAUGAUGAUACCUAUGGUGGAAAUGAUGCAGUGGAGAUCAAUGAUGGUGUAGAUGACUUCAUACAUGAGACAGGAAUAUUUAUUCGCCAAUUGAAGGUUGUCUCAUCCAUAUCAAAAAUGUUUGAGGAUGUGUGUGACGUAGCUGAAGAUUUGCGAGCAUCAAUUCUAAUCCUCCCUUUUCAUAAGCAUCAGAGAAUAGAUGGAAAAAUGGAAAGUGGUAAGGAGGGUAUACGAACAACUAAUCAAAGAGUGCUCCGUCAUGCCCCUUGCACGGUUGCCAUCCUUGUUGACCGUGGACUUAUGGGGUCGUCACAAUCAGCUAAUUUAAACUCAGAGCCACAUGUUGCAGCAUUGUUUUUUGGUGGACCUGAUGAUCGUGAAGCAUUGUCUCUUAGUACAUACAUUGCAAUGCAUCUCGGCAUGAACCUUACUGUCAUUAGGUUUCUCCAAACAUCUUCAAAUGAUAAUACUCCAGAGAGGAUCAAUAUUGCAUCACAUGAUAAUGAGCAAAUAUUAAUGGCAAUGCCAAGUCGUGGGGAUCAAGAUGAGGCAGACGAUGCCUUUCUAGAGAAUUUCUACAACAGGUAUGUAACUUCCGGUCAAGUGGCAUACAUAGAGAAGCGUGUGAAGAAUGGAGACCAAACAGCGACUGCCUUGAGAGACAUUAUAGAUAUGUACCAGUUGUUUGUAGUUGGGAAUGGGGGACGCCGGAAUUCACCCAUAACUACCGGGAUGAGUGAUUGGGAAGAAUGCCCAGAACUUGGCAAUGUGGGUGAUCUCUUAGCUUCAUCAGAAUUUGACCCGAAUUGCUCAAUAUUGAUUAUCCAACAAUAUAAGCCUCCAUUAGACUGA